AUGUCUUUUUACAUGGAGACUUACAGGAGGAAGUCUACAUGUCAUUGCCACCAGGAGAUUGCGUCGUGCCAUGAAAAAUAUAGUUACGAGCAGAGCAAUGCUCAUCAUACUUUAUUUCUUAAAAGGAAGAAUGAUGAUAUGAUCGUGACUAGUGAUGAUCUUGAAGAAAUUGACAAAUUAAAAGGCUAUUUAGUUUAUGAGUUCGAUAUGAAGGAUCGCAAUGGAUUAAAAUAUUUUUUGGGUAUUGAGGUAACUCGUUCUGAACAUGGAAUUUUCUUGUCACAAAGAAAAUAUGUUCUCGACUUGCUAAAGGAAAUAGGUAUGCUUGGGUGUGAACCGAUUGGUACUCCUAUAGAACAAAAUCAUGGUUUGGAAGAAUAUCCAGAUCAAGUUCCAAUAAUAAGGGACGAUAUCAGAGGUUGGUUGGUCGCAGGGUCGUACCCACUAGCAUGCUAA